AUCUUCAAUAAACAUAUGUUAUUUUAAUGAAUCCACCUGGUAAUAACUGACCUGUGUUUUGUAUUUUGGAUUUGGACACUAUGAGUUCUAUUUACUUCACGCUGUUCUGUCUAUUUUAUUAUGUUGAACCAGGUUCGCUCGGUUCUAUGGGAACUCCAACGGGCUGUCCUGCUUCUCUGCCCCCGAUUAACCUGACUACCUACGGUAGCUCCUGUCUCCAGUUUAAUUAUAACCACACGUUCUGGGAGGAAGCCAGGAAUUCCUGUCUCAGUGAUGGCGGCGAUCUUCUCCAGAUCAGGACGAGGGGUCUACAACAGUUUCUAGAGCGCUACCUGGUGUCACACACAGGGGAGAAAACUGGAUUCUGGUUUGGUGCUUCUGACAAGGACAAUGAGUCCCAGUGGGAAUGGAUCUCUGGUGAUAAAACAAUGAGGUAUUCCAACUGGCAGGACGGACAGGGGACCAGGGCAGGGCCACACAUCCCGGACUCUGACCUGGACGACUGCGCACUGAUGCGUGUCGACUACGGGUUCAAAUGGUACGACGUACCGUGCAGGAACAAAUUCCUCAAAUACUCCUACAUUUGUCAGUAUGUUCAAAGUUUGCCCGCUGACAACUGCCCGCCAAACCUGAGUAAAAGCGACUUGUAUACAUACGGGGGUUUUUGUCUGAAGGUGCAUUAUGGGAACUACAACUGGGAUGAAGCAAGACACAAGUGUCGUCAACAGGGCGGAGACUUAGUUCAGAUCCGGGAUUCUGGGAUGCAGCAUUUUCUCCAAAGGGUUUUGUCGGGUCAAAGGUCAGAGGAGGACGGAUUCUGGAUUGGGGCCAGCGACAGGGAGUCAGAAUCAAAUUGGAUAUGGGCCUCAGGUGAUCCUAGAAUGAGUUACAGUAAUUGGGAGCCCGGACAGGGACCAUCUCAAAGUGGAUUUCUCUUUGCCAGUGGAACCCUUGAAGACUGUGCUCUAAUGAGAAUAUACGAUGGAUUUCGAUGGUUUGAUUAUGCUUGUAGCAACAGUUUCUACCAGUAUUCAUUCAUCUGUCAAUACGGUAUUGUUCACAAAACAACAACUUCAACAACCUAUGAAACGGUUGGAGACAUUAUCGGCUGAAUUAUGUGACUGAACAGUGCAAUUUACUGCAAUGUUACAUGAUCUACGAAACGUAAACUCCAUAGUUUUUAUUUUUUUAAUCAAAUUAAACAUAUCAUUUUGU